GGCGCCGGGGGAGCCCGGCGGGAGGUGACAGCCGCCGAGGGGGCGCAGGGCCCGGCUGGCUGCGGGCUCGGCCCCGGGCUGCUCUGCAGGCACGGUCGGCGGCCGCCCCCCUCCCGGAGCUGUGUCACCGGCGGCGAGGAGCGAGGAUGAGGGCUGCGGAGCGGCGCUGGGGGGCGGCAGCCGCCGGCAGCGGGGGCUCCCCGGCGGGCCCGCGGCUCCUCGAGCGACUCGGCGGCAGGACGGAGCCGCAGGAGCCUCCGGCAUCGGACACGUGCGGCGGGGCGGCCGGCGGCCGCGGCUAGGGCCACCCCCGUCCCCUCCCUCCUCCUCCUCCUCCUUCUCCUCCUCCUCCUCCCUCCGCGCUAUGCUGCACGCCCGCCGGGCCCCUCAGCGCGCCGGGCGCACGGCGCCGAUGGAGCCGAGCGGGCCGCUCUGAGGCCGCCGCCGGUCGCAGCAUGGCCUCGGUGGGCAGCCCGGCGCCGCGGAGCCCCGGGGCGGAGCGGCCGGAGGCGGGUGCCCGGUGCCGCAGCCUGCCCGUGCUCGGCUCCCCCCUGGCGGCCGGGGGCGGCGGCGGCGGCGGCGGAGUCCCCCCGGGCCACGCCGCCUCGGCGGCUCCUGCCCAUGACGAGGGACCCGGGGCUGCCCGGCCCCCGGCAGCCGCCGCCGUCGGGAACCUGCCCCGCAGGACGGAGGUGCCGGGCCGGGGGGUGUCCCCCGGAGCCCCCCCUCCGCCGCCGCUGCUGCUGGCGGGGCCGCCGGGCAGAGCGUGCCUGCGGGCGGUGCUGGCGGACUCGCGGUUCUUCUUGGUGUGCAUGUGCUUCCUGACCUUCAUCCAGUCCCUCAUGGUGUCCGGCUACCUGAGCAGCGUCAUCACCACCAUCGAGCGGAGAUACAGCCUGAAGAGCUCGGAGUCGGGGCUGCUGGUCAGCUGCUUCGACAUCGGGAGCCUGGUGGUGGUGGUGUUCAUCAGCUACUUCGGGGGGCGCGGGCGGAGGCCGCUCUGGCUGGCCGUAGGGGGGUUCUUCAUCGCGCUGGGGGCCGCGCUCUUCUCCCUACCUCACUUCAUCUCCCCGCCGUACCAGAUCCAGGAACUGAACUCCUCCGUCAGUAACGAGGGCUUGUGUGUGACCGGCAAUGGCACCGCCAAAGAGCAGUGGGACUCGCCGGCCUGCGUCAAGGACUCCGGUGGCAAUGAUCACUCCCUCUAUGUAGCUUUAUUCAUUUGUGCCCAAAUCCUCAUUGGCAUGGGCUCGACACCCAUCUAUACCUUGGGACCAACCUACUUGGAUGACAAUGUCAAGAAAGAAAACGCCUCACUUUACCUAGCCAUCAUGUAUGUAAUGGGAGCACUUGGUCCUGCAGCUGGCUACUUACUGGGAGGACUUCUUAUUGGUUUCUAUGUUGAUCCUAGGACAACUGUUUAUAUUGACCAGAGUGAUCCCCGAUUCAUUGGAAACUGGUGGAGUGGAUUUCUCCUUUGUGCCAUUGCAAUGCUCCUUGUGAUAUUUCCAAUGUUUACCUUUCCAAAAAAGCUUCCUCCUCGACAUAAAAAAAAGAAAAAGAAAAAGAAGAUGAACUCUGAUGAUGUUUCAAGUGAUGAUGACGUCAUGAAAGAGAAAACAAAUAGCAAAAUACAAGCAGAUAGUGCAGUUCCUGCCUCUAUGGGAUUUGGAAAAAAUGUUAAAGAGCUUCCAAGAGCAGCUGUCAGGAUCUUAAGCAACAUGACAUUCCUUUUUGUGAGUUUGUCAUACACAGCUGAGAGUGCCAUUGUUACAGCUUUUAUUACGUUCAUUCCCAAGUUCAUCGAGUCACAGUUUGGCAUCCCAGCUUCCAAUGCCAGCAUCUACACUGGUGUGAUUAUUGUUCCAAGUGCUGGUGUUGGUAUUGUCCUAGGCGGCUACAUUAUCAAAAAACUGAAACUUGGUGCAAGAGAGUCUGCAAAGUUGGCAAUGAUCUGCAGUGGUGUGUCUUUGCUGUGCUUUUCCACCCUCUUCAUUGUUGGAUGUGAAAGCAUUAAUCUAGGGGGAAUAAAUAUACCGUAUACAACUGGUCCCACUCUUGCCAUGGCCCACAGGAAUCUGACUGGGAGCUGUAACGUGAACUGCGGAUGUAAGAUUCAUGAGUACGAGCCUGUCUGUGGAUCAGAUGGAAUAACAUAUUUUAAUCCUUGCCUAGCCGGCUGCAUCAAUGGUGGAAACCAUAGCACAGGGGUAAGAAAUUACACAGAAUGCGCCUGUGUCCAAAGCCGACAGGUUAUCACCCCACCGACAGUGGGCCAGCGCAGUCAGCUCAGACUGGUUAUUGUCAAAACCUACCUGAACGAAAACGGCUAUGCUGUUUCUGGGAAGUGCGAUCGAACCUGCAACACGCUCAUCCCAUUCCUGAUAUUUCUCUUCAUUGUGACCCUUAUAACAGCGUGUGCCCAGCCGUCAGCAAUCAUAGUGACACUCAGGUCUGUGGAAGAUGGGGAACGGCCCUUUGCACUAGGAAUGCAGUUUGUUUUAUUACGUACUCUUGCUUACAUUCCCACUCCAAUUUAUUUUGGGGCUGUUAUUGAUACCACAUGCAUGCUUUGGCAACAGGACUGUGGCGUACAAGGAUCUUGCUGGGAAUACGAUGUCACCUCAUUUCGUUUUGUCUACUUUGGAUUGGCCGCUGCUCUCAAAUUUGUGGGAUUCUUUUUUAUUUUUCUGGCCUGGUACUCCAUUAAGUGUAAAGAAGAGCAACUGCAGAGGCAGAGGUGGAGGGCUUCGCCGGUGAACACUGUGAGUGAGAUGGUUGGCCAAGCUGGACUCCAACAAAACUAUGCACGGACUAGAUCCUGCCCUACCUUCAGUUCUCGAGGAGACAUUGGUGUGGCACAAGGAAUGAACUGCGUAGCACAGACUUACCCUGGCCCUUUUUCAGAAGCAAUAAAUUCCUCAAAUGAAAAUGCAUUGGAAGAAGUCACUGCUGAGAUAUAGACCCCUGGCUUGGUAAAGUAAUGUUUAGUUUUGUUGGUUGACUAAAUUACGGCGCCUUGUAAAACACCUGUGCCUUCUAUUUUUAAUCUAAAUGUAACACAUGAUAAAACCAACAAAGCUUAAUGCAAACAACCACAGUGUGUUCCUGAGGGCUGGAUACCUCAAACCAACCCAAGUUCUUAUUUCUCCCUUCCCGACAAUGGAGUUUUAAAAUUGUGUUUGUAAUUAUUUCAGAUGUGUCCAUUAAAUGUCCAUGCUCUGAUCCAAUAUCAAUGUAAGGGUGAGGUAUUAUGAACAGCAGAAGUCAGUGAAAGAGUGACAAAAACUCAUUGUUGAUGUCUAGAUGUCACAAAAAUGCUUAAAUGUAUCAUCAGCUUCACAUCUGCAAAUUGUAUUUUUAAGAGAUGAGUAAUUACUGUGAGUUCUGCUACAAAGCACAACUAAACUUAUUUAAACUAUGCAACUUACUUGGAUAAUUAUAUGUGCAGCAAAUUAAGUUUAAAGUUUGCUUUUAAAGACAUCAUUGUGACUCAAUUUGAAAGGGGCUAUUUUCAGACAUAAGCAUUAAAAUAAAAAAGAACAUAAGGUUUAAAGUACUGUUAAUAACACAUUAAGCCAUACAAAAGUUAUGCAUCAGGUAAUGUUUGCAAAUAUUGAGACAUAAUAUCUUUAUCCUGUCAAAAUGUAUGCUAAUUUUCAUUUGAUGCAGUAAUUCUUCACAAAGUACACAGGCUAGGAAAGUACAAUGCUUGGAGAAAAAAA